AUGGCCUUCAACUUCGUCUUCAGUAUCAUACCUGCUCUUUUUCUACUGAGCUUCCUCAGUUGCGAAGUGCAGGCCCAGCUCUUAACGACAGGGUUCUACGCUCGCAGCUGCCCUAACUUGCAGACGAUUGUGAGGUUAGCCAUGGCCAGAGCAGUGGCCAUUGAACCUCGAAUGGGUGCUUCCAUUCUCCGUCUCUUCUUCCAUGACUGCUUCGUCAAUGGUUGUGAUGCAUCAGUCCUUCUGGACGACACCCCAACUUUUACAGGGGAAAAGAACGCAUUCCCAAAUCAAAACUCUCUUCGUGGCUUUGAAGUGAUCGAUGAAAUAAAGUCUCUGGUUGAGGCUUCAUGCCCUGCAACAGUGUCAUGUGCUGAUGUUCUCGCACUUGCCGCUCGUGAAGGUGUUGUUCGGUUGGGCGGGCCAUCAUGGCCGGUGGAGCUCGGUCGACGGGACUCGACCACGGCGAGCCAAAACGAGGCAAACAGCAAUCUUCCCAGCCCUGAUUCAAGCCUCUCAAAACUCAUAUCUAUCUUCCAGUCGAAAAAUAUGAGCCCGCGGGACAUGACUGCGCUCUCUGGAGCUCACACCAUUGGCCAAGCUCGCUGCGCCACCUUCCGAACCCACAUAUACAACGAUGACAACAUAAACCCCAUCUUCGCCACCAUUAGAAAGCUGAACUGCCCCGCUUCAGGGGGAGACGACAACCUGGCGCCGCUUGAGCUACAGAGCCCCAAUUUGUUCGGAGUUAACUACUACCAGAACUUGGUGGGCAGCGGGGGGCUACUGCAUUCCGACCAAGAGCUCUUCAACAAUGGCAGUCAGGAUUUAUUGGUUCGACAGUACAGUAUAAAUCCCCUGUUGUUCUUCAAUGACUUUGCUGCAGCCAUGGUGAAGAUGGGAGCGCUUAGUCCGCUCAUUGGCACCAAUGGCCAGAUCCGUUUGAAUUGUAGGAAGGUCAAUUAGCUAGCUUGAAAUAUGCUUGCCACAUGUUUUGGCAUGUGCUGCAAAAAAUUAUGAUUAUUUUAAUUGA